AUGGUGAACAGCGACGGACAGCCGGACGGAUCUACGCUGGUCCUUGACGCAAAAACCCAGAAAGUCUUGGACGAAAUCGGAUCAUUCAUAGAUUUCUUGUUGAGGAAUAUCGCAGUUGUUACAUUCAAGUUUAACUUUUUCUUCAAAACUCGUCUUCUGGAUUUCUCAAUUGCCAUGAUGCAGGCUGAGGAAUGGUACUUCGAAGAACUAGCACAGAAGGCCGCAAAAAUAAAAAAAUCGAGAUCGAGGAAGAAGAAUCGAAGUACGGCCACACCGUCGGCAGUAGCGACAGCAUCUUCAAUUGAAACUCAUUCAUCCGUGAAGACAACUUUUGCUGGAACACUCUUCCCCUCAACCUCCUUCCCCCCAGAUGCAUUAGACCAUUCGUUAACCAUUCCAAGUUUUAAAGUUAUGAAUGAAUUAAACGCUCGCUACCUUACUGCUAACCACCAAGCUAUAAGCGAGUUGUUGGAUUUGUUCGGCCGCAUGAAGGGGCUUCAAAUGGUGGCCGGCAAUUUGAUGAAUCUUCUCAGCAAACGUUUCGACAAAUCGGCGGAGAAGUUGGAAGACGUGAGGUAUUAUUUCAAGCAUUGGACUGGUUUUUGCGCUAGAACUUACAACUGUCUGCAUCACAAAUAUCCUUCUAAUCAACUGCCUCCUAAUCUCAGUCCGCCAGAAGUCAAGUUCAUCGUGUGGCCACUUGCCGUCAGGACUGCCAUCUAUUGCGCUUCUCAGUUUAUCAAGGACACCACGGAACUGGUGGGCAUAAACACGGAGAAGUACAAAGUGAUGCAAUUUGAGAAGUUUAUGACCUCAGAAGAACUCCUCACUAUGAAGAACAUUCUUGGAUUCUUCCAGAACAAAUUCUCAAACAUGUUCAAUCUGCUUGGCAAACCAAAAACCGUAGUCACGGAUGAAAAUGUUGAAAUCCUGCCACCAAUUGAUGAAAACUUGAAAAUUUUCACGGAACCCAUAACGAUGGACACCAUAUUGUUGAACUUUCCGCACGAGAUACCGUCAGAUGUUCCUGUAAAAAAGACUAAAAACUCCGCUGGAUUGAAGAAAAGAAGAAAAAAUGACAAAAAUAUUUAUUCCGUAUAA